AUGGAACUGUCGACGGUCGAGAAGAAUGCGACGAGCAACAAACGCGUGCGGUGGGGCGCCGUGAGUGUCCUCGAGUUCCACGUCGGGUACAACGCCAGCGUCGUGCCCGAGAGUGGCGGACCCCCUGUGGGGCUCAUUGGCCGACCCACUCGUCACUGGUACUACUCGAUCGUACCGUCUCCUGACGACGUCGACAGCGGGGACAGCGACUGUGAGAGUGUGGACUCGGAGGCCUACAUGGAGACGCCAGUGGCGUAUGGCGGCGGUCGCCGCAGUCGCAACGACCUGUGGCUCGACCCGAUGGAGCGCGUGCGCAUCCUCGCGGUCGAGAGAGCGUUUCCAGUGGACGACGUCGCGCUCAUCUGUCGAGACGUGCGCGCCACGCUGGACUCGCGCGCGCUGUCACGGUUGGACCACGUGAAGGAGGAGGCCGUGAACGCCGCGCGGCGCGUUUUGCAGCUGGACGCGUGUUUACUACCGUGUGGCGGCGAUCACUUUGGACGAGCUGGACGAGAGAAGGUGCUGCUGCAUUAG